UGUCACUGGGCUAAAGUUGAGUGAACACACCUUCCAUAAAGGCUGAAGCCAUUUGAGUUUCGUUUUUUGACUAGAGUGGGUUAAUUUCGAUAACUCAUUAACUCUAAGUGUUUUCGGAUACUAGUAUCAAGGUGUCUCUGAUUUUAUUCCCGUAACUGUAGCGUAAAGUGAAGUCCAGAUUUUCAAGAUGGCUGUCGGUUGUGGUGCCAAGUGUGCGAAAUAUCUCCUAUUUAUCUUCAACUUCCUGUUCUGGUUAUCCGGAGCAGCGAUCCUCGGUGUGGGCAUCUGGUUCAAAGUCGAUCCAUCGAUCAUUAACAAGUUUCAAAUUUACGAGUCGGGACAGAACGACCCGUAUCUCUCCAUCGCUGGCUGGGUGCUGAUCGGUGUCGGUGCUUUCGUCUUCGUGGUCGGUUUCUUCGGGUGCUGUGGAGCAAUCAAGGAGAGUAAAUGUCUCCUUGGAUUGUAUAUUUUCUUCAUGGUUCUUGUAAUGGCGGCUGAGCUCGGAGCCGGUGUUAUCGUUGCGGUGUUUAAGGAUGACAUUGAAGCGGCCAUCAAGAAAGACUUAAAGAUGCAGGUGCAGACAGAUUUUGGUCAGGAGAGCGCGUUCGAUGCAGCGUGGAACUACACCCAGAUGGAGCUUCAUUGUUGUGGAGCAGACGGCAUUGCUGAUUACUAUGGCAGUUACUAUGACCUUAACGUCACAGGCUCGGGUAAAUUUCCCGUGUCGUGUUGCACAUUGAAAGAUGGCGCUACGCCUGAAAAACCCGACUUCAAGGAUGUGAAACAGUGUAUGACAGACGGACAGGACACGACCACAAGCAGCACCGUCGUCAAUAAAAUCGGCUGUUACUCCAAGAUGGUGGAAUGGCUGACGGAGAAGAGUACUAUUCUCAUAGGUGUCGCCUGUGGUGUGGCGGGAUUAGAGAUUUUCGGCUUUAUCUUCGCAAUCUGUUUGUGUUGUAAUAUCGAUCCCGAGGAGAAGUACCGAUAAAAGAUGGCGCUGUUUGGAGCAGACGUUACACCAGGUUAAGAUGAGAGGCACAUCAGCCAAGAUGUAGGUCAGGGAGAUUUCGGGCGAGAUUUUUCCCUGAAAAUUACUUAUUUCAGGGCAACUUAAACCAUAUUAGGAAUCAGUUCACCUCACCAUUUAGGAAUUAAUACAACUUGAUAAGGAUUACGGGGAUUUCUUGCGAAUAAACACACCAAUGAUUAACCGUUUCAACCCCAGAGCCAGUUUAGACUCCAAGUAUAGGUAUUAAAGGGGGACUAUAGGCAGGAGCCGGAGGUCAAAUUGACCAUCUUCGGGUAACUAAUAUUCACAGGAACUGCUCAGGUCAUGUUUGAUUCAGCAUAUGAUAUAUUCCUGGUACAAGCAGGAUUAGUUUUAACAUACUGUGAGAUGGGAGAGACUCCUAUUGGCGACUUGAUGUAGCUUUAUCUUGCCUACCUAGCUGCUGCCUAUAGUACCUUCAGGGUUACCGACUUGGUACUGGAUCUUGUUAUGAAAGAGUGAGGUUUCCUGCAAUUCCCGCUCGUUAUUAUGGGAAGUUCAUGAGAGGCCAGUGUGUUUGUAAAUAAUGUUUUAGAUCAGAAUGCAUUUCUAGAAUGAUAAAGGUGCAUAAAUUGGCAGCGGGCUGUGAGGCAACCUCAGAAUAUGCUUAGAGCGAGAGAUUUUAAUCAGAGUUCAAGAGACUGUGUUCAUUUGUUUGAAACCAUUUUCGGGGGGGUAAUACCAUGUGCUAGUUUCGUUCAUGUACAUUGUAUGUGUAUAUAUUUUAGCAGAGCUACCUACCCCUACACAUUUGGGGGAAGUUUUACUCAAUGUCUUGUACACUUUCCUGGUUAGUUGAAGUAAAACUGGAUACCGUGACUAUAGUUUACAACAUGUCCGCUGGUCCCUAUUGGAGGCUGUUGUGUUGCUCCACUGAGACGCGUUUCUGGCCCUCUUCGGUUAAAAAACACAACAGUCCAAGGGGACCUGUGGACCUUGUUGCGAAGUAAAGUUGCAGUGUCCAGCUUUCCCUCUACUGUCAUGAACCAUUUCCUAGGCCAUUUUAUAAUAACACUUUAAGGUAAUUUCUAAAAAAAUUAAUUUGAGAAGAAAAAUAUUUUGAAAUUAUGUAAAACCAUCACAAGGCCCAAUAAUUACACUUUCUGUGACUGAUUUACACUUUUUGGCUGGUAUUUUACACGUCGCUGAAAUUUAGGGUAAAAAAGAUAUGAAUGAAUAAAAAGAUAAAUAAAUAAAAUUUGUAUACGGCCCUUUCUUCAAAAUAAAUUCUUUGGAAAUGCGCUCAAAAAUCAUAUUUUGAGGUUGCCCUUGGCCUUGAAUACGAGAGUAUUUUUGUAAUCGAUGGAUGUAUUGUUAGAGUUCUUGUGUUCAUAAUUGUAUGGUAGUGUUGGUAUUACAAUUGCUAUUUAAAGCUAUUAUACAAUGUUUGUGGCAUUUUAUUCCCUGAAACUUUCACUUCAGAUUGCGUGUAUGUACAUGCAAGAGUAUGGCAGUUGACCUUAUAACAGUGAAUAUAGAGUAUCUUUACAUAAAUUUUUAUCUCUUUUGCAUGAAUUUCUUUUGUGUUGGAUUAACGUGGCACUUUGAAAUGAUCUUUUGGCACCUAAAACCGUAGUAGCAUGUACGAACACCCAUCCCACCUUGGAGGAGGAAUACUCACUCCAUGGAGGUUAACUCCUCCAAGUGCAGAGCGAACACUGGAUGCGAAGGACAACGUAAAAAACGAAAACUUUUUAAAAUUCCGAUAUUUUUUUCGGAACCCUCACUCCUAUUAUAAGGGGUGACCCAUAAAAAUGACUUUGUAUAAAAUGUUCUCCACUGCAGCUGAAUUUUAAGGUAGCGCAACUAACAUGUUUGUACAUAGCUCCUGAAAGUUAAUUAAUUGAUUAAUUAGUCAAUUAAUUUUCUGAUAUAAUGUAAUUUAUUUUUUAGUUCACUUCUACAUUAAUCAAUUAUAGCAAUGUUUAAGAUUUCAUACAAAUUAUAAACUAUGUUUUAUGUAUGAUAUUAAUAAUUGGUUAUAUCAUUGUUGAUGUGUAUUUGUGUGAAAAUGCUUAAACCCUUUCUGGACUAAGAGGCAAAAAAAUAUGGGGUUGGCAGUGUUAAAAAAAAUUACAUUGCUGUCUCUGAAUUUGUUUCUCGACAACAAAUUCAAAUGUAUAGCAAGGUGUCAAAGGGUUAAAUAAAUGUGAGCUCUAACCUUAACCCACCGUUGAUUCAGGACAAGUUUAUGUUGAGCAAUACCGGUUUUAGCAUGUAUUAAAUCGUUGGUGCGUCAUUUGCUAACAUACUGAACUCUGUUAACAUUAGUGUUUCAUCCAUCCUUGGCCUGUCCAUGUGAAAUAAUGUAUUUUGUAUCUACAUGUACAGUGUUUGUCCAAACUCUUUGUCCAUACUGUGAAAGUCUUUAUAUACUUUAUGCUUAUGCAUGUAUUCUAGUAAUGCACUUUAAAGAUUUCGAAAAAUCAUGUAGAUUUUUUGCGACAUUUUGAAUGUUGGAAAAUGAAUAUUCCUAAACAUUAUAUAUUUGUGUAUGAAUUAGAAAUUACCUUAGUGUUGUAGACUUCGAGGGACUUCACAUCUUUUUCAAGCUGGCUCCUGGCCGAUCUCCGUAUUGGGCCGCUUCCUUUAAAGGCCGAGUACAGUGAUGAACUUGUUUACAUAGUGGCCUGCUAGGAACGGUAGUGUGCAUCCUUUACCAGAGGUGCCAUCAGAUGUAAAUUUAUGCAGUAUGCAUAUGUGUUUAGUAAAGGAAUUCACAGUGGUACUACCUUUUUGGAGAGUGUACCCUUCCAUUUUCUGUUGGCCACUCUGUAAACAAGCUCACAAAUGGACUGGGUCUUUAAAGUUUUGUGGUCCAAAAUUAGAACUAAGCAAUGUCAAUAUAGUGCGAACAUGGCCGACAAGGAUCUAUCUUUUCUGUAUCGGCCAUUUUAAUUGUAUACUCGUUAUCUUUUAUAGCGUCACCAUGGUAACUACUGUAUGCUAUAUUUUAUACAAAUAAAGCAACUUGUAGCGUAAAUAAA